UAACAGUCUUUGCAGUGUGACCUCAGGGCCAGGACACUGAUUGGCUGCUCAGUUAGUUGAUGGAGCAGCUGUGCAUUCUGGGAUGUUUCCCAAGGGGAAGUUGUGCUGAAGAUUAAUGUGGCAGAAGAGUUCCUGGUGUUGUUUCCCAGUGUCUGUGUGUGUGAAUGGGAAGCCCUGCCCCUUGCUCCGCCCCCAGGCCUGAUAUUUGAUGCUGAGGCAGGAGAGGAGGGAGAGAUUUGGGAGAAAGGAAACUGAAACAUAAAGUGGCAUUUAACCAGGAAACGGCUGGAAUUUGCCUCCCAGUUACUCUCACACGCCUUGGCUAAGUGCUGGCGGGCCCGGGCGCUCCUCCUGCUAUCUAUUUCUGUUUUACUUGUCCUUUAACUUUCUCUGCUCACCCUUAAAGGUACCUCUCAUGCUGUCCCAUGCAGACUCCCUCUAUCCAUUCUCUAAGCCACAGGAAUACCAGCCACAAAGCUUCCUUGACCAGCAGAGAAACUUCCUCUUGGGAAACACCUCGGCCUCUUCUCUCCCCACUGCUGCUUGGCACUCAUACCGCACCCCCCCAAAGGACUGCGACCCACCCAAAUAUACACGGCCACAACCUCAAGUGCAAGCCCAGCCACACUUCGGCAACCGGGGACCUCCUGGACAUAUCUGCAGUCUCUCCCAAGCUUUCGGAUCACUGUCAGUCUCUCGCGACCCCUUAGAAAAUAUCGUAUUGACCUUCUUCAGGGGGCAAGGGGACACCCAGACCUUUACAGCAAAAGCAUUAGCUUGGCAGUUUAAGGUGAAAAAAAAGCACAUUAACUAUUUCUUAUACAAAUUUCAGACAAAGGGUUUGCUCUGCAAGAAUUCUGGGACACCUCCACUGUGGAAAAUCUCAUCUAUCACCUCCCAUCCUCCAGCGACCCCAAGCAGUGGCAGCAGCUAUCCGGGGAACUCCUCUCCAGUAGAAGCGUGGGCCACCACUGAUUCUGAAGACACUUCAGUUACCAGCUCCCCCGAGGACAUGGCAACAAACAGUGCGAAAGUCUGUGAGUUCCUUUACAAUUCUCCACCCUCCACGCCCUUCAUCAUCCGCAAGAAUGUCGGGAUCUCUAAAAUGCCCGAACUCACUCAGAUCUUAAACACUCUGGAAAAGCAAGGCGAAGCGUGCAAGGCGAGUACGAACCCCGUGAAAUGGACUCUCACGGCCAAGAAGCGCGAGAGGAUGCUGAUUAAAAAAAGGGCGGCCGAAAUCCACGAGAUGGAGAUGAAAUUGGAAGAAGUUACAGAAACGGAGGUGCCGGAGCCUCCCACUGAGAAGGAACUUGAAAACGGGCAACAAGCCGUCCCUGUGCUGGAAGCCAGCAAUGUGGAGCUCGUCGAGGGGCAAGUCCCUGGUGGGGGUUUUCUUGCUGACCAAAAUCUGGAGGCAUCUGAUGAACCUCCAAGGAAGCGUGCAAAGGGGGGUGAUGAGUUUGAUGACUUUGAAAAUGGCAAGUGGGCUUCUGAUGAUAUCCCCGAAGCUAUGAACACUAUGAACACAGCCGAUGCUCUGGCAGUAACCCAGGAGGAACUCGGGAAGGAAUACCCACAGGCUUAUGAACCCGUCAAGGAAUUAAGCCGUUUGGAUAAGCUACUGGCGUGCCAAGAGAAGAACCCUGUUAGUGGCCUCCUGGAAUUUACUCACUACUGCUCCCAGCAGUGUGACUUUGUUCUCCUCAACCAGAGUGGACCUUCUCACGACCCCCGCUUCAAAAUACAGGCCGUGAUCGAUGGCCGCCAUUUCCCAGUGGCUGAAGCCAGCAGCAAAAAGACGGCCAAAAAAGAUGCAGCAUCGCUUGCUCUUCGUAUACUCCUCCGAGAAGAGCAGGGUGGGACAGAAGAAGAGGUUAUGAUUGAAUACAUGCAAGUUCCAGAAGUUAAUGAAGAGAAGUUACCAGCGCAGCCAUCUUUCCCCUGCAACAAAAAUCCCAUCAGCGUUCUCAUGGAACACGGGCAGAAGUCUGGCAGUAUGUGUGAAUUCCAGCUCGUUCAACAAGAAGGACCUCCCCAUGACCCCAAGUUCACCUAUACUGUAAAGAUUGGAAACCAGACCUUCCCUCCUGUAGUGGCAAACAGCAAGAAGAUGGCCAAACAGCUAGCCGCUGAAGCUGCAGUGCGGGAACUCCUGGGAGACGGCGCGCUGCAGCCUGAGAUGUUCGACCCAUGUUGCAAUCCCAGCGCAACUGAGUUUCCUACAAUUCCAGAACUCUCUGCAGAAGAUCUGAAAAUGGCUCAGACGUCCAGUGUUGGCGACUUAAUUAAGUAUCUAAACGCCAACCCGGUCAGCGGCCUUCUGGAGUACGCUCGUGCCAAGGGAUUUGCAGCGGAGUUCAAGAUGGUCAACCAAACUGGACCACCCCAUGACCCAAAGUUUGUGUUUCAAGCAAAGGUUGGCGGUCGCUGGUUCCCGGCCGUUAGCGCAUCUAACAAGAAACAAGCCAAGGCUGAAGCUGCCGAUGCAGCGCUGAGGGUUCUAAUCGGUGAAGCAGAAAAGGCAGCUCGGGAAGGGGAUAUCAUGGCUGAGCUCCCGGUGAGCGGAAGUACUUUCCACGACCAGAUUGCCAUGCUAAGUCACCAGAAGUUCAACAGCCUUACAGCCCGGAUCCAGAAUAGUCUGCUGGGCAGAAAGAUCUUAGCUGCCAUCAUCAUGAAGAAGAGCAGCGAUGACUUGGGCACCGUGGUCAGCAUUGGGACUGGGAAUCGCUGUGUGAAGGGAGAAGAACUGAGUCUGAGGGGAGAGACCGUUAAUGAUUGUCACGCAGAGAUUGUCUCCCGCCGGGGAUUUAUAAGGUUUCUGUACAGCCAGCUGAUGAAGUACAACCCAGACGUGCCAGGUGACAGUAUAUUUGAAGAAGCAGACGGGGAUUUGUUAAGGGUUCGCCCAGGUGUGACCUUCCACUUAUAUAUAAGCACUGCUCCUUGUGGUGAUGGGGCGCUGUUUGACAAAUCCUGCAGUGACCAGCCUUCUGCAGAGGGGGACACCAAGCACUGUCCCAUUUUUGAGAAUGUGAAGCAGGGCAAGCUGCGAACUAAAGUGGAAAAUGGUGAGGGAACUAUUCCUGUUGAGUCCAGCGAUAUUGUUCCCACCUGGGAUGGGAUUCAGCACGGGGAGAGACUUCGUACCAUGUCUUGCAGCGAUAAGAUCCUGCGCUGGAAUGUACUGGGCCUUCAAGGAGGUCUCCUUACACACUUUAUGGAGCCCGUGUACCUCAGCUCUCUAACACUCGGUUAUCUGUUCAGCAAAGGUCACCUGACGCGGGCCAUCUGCUGCCGUAUGUCACGAGACGGAGACGCCUUCCAGAACCAACUGCCGGACCUUUAUCUCGUUAACCACCCAGAGGUGGGACGGGUCAGUGUCUACGAUUCCACACGACAGACGGGAAAGACUAAAGAGUCCAGCGUGAACUGGUGUCUGGCAGACGAGGAAGCGGAAGUGCUGGAUGGAACCAAGGGAAAAGUGGAGGGAGCCAAACUUGAGAUCUCGCGUGUGUCCAAACUGCACAUGUUCACCCUGUUCCAAGAACUCUGCCUCCUGCGCGGGCGCCACGACCUCUUAGCGCUCAGCAGCUACAGCGACGUCAAGGCCACAGUCGGCACUUACCAAACUGCCAGGGGACAGUUCUUUAGGGCUCUGGAGCAGAUGGGCUAUGGCAACUGGAUCAGCAAACCGCAAGAGGAGAAAUGCUUUUCCCUCUCCAUUUAACAUUUCCUCGCCGUCGCUUCUGUUUUGUUUUUUUAAUUCUGUAAAGGAAUGUUACCAGAUCUGCACUGAGUGUCUUUGUAAAUGGUUCUAUCCGAAAUUAGCAACCCGCCCCCCCCCCCGGCUCCUUUAUUAUUUUAACCGCCUGUACGCAAGUGGAGUGCCAGACAAGUCAAACAAACCAGCAAAUCCGUGACUUUUUGGGGUUUUUAUUUUUAAUGCUUUCUUUGUUUUUUUUUUUGUUUUUUUAAAGCCGGAAUUGAAAACAAUGUACUAUUCCCGUUUCUUCGUUUUCACCGUCUUUCUCGUCCGAUGAGAUCUCUCCAUGGAAUGUAGAGUCAUUGAAGUAUAUUUUCAUGAUUAAAUAAUGUAUAGUGAAGAACUGA